AUUCCUAGAUGAAAUUUCAAAAUGGAUGUACGUGUUAUUGUUCAGCUGGCGGAGAUUAUGUGUCAGGGAGUGAGAUCUCAUCAGGAUGAUUGUCGCACGUCGAACUCUACUUGCUGUUACAAUUAUUAUUUCGAUAAAGGAACUGGCAGGUGUGUAGAAUGUGCGCUGGGCAGCUUUGGGUCGAAUUGUAAAGAAAGCUGUGUUAGUGGAUACUACGGUUAUCUGUGCAAAAUAAAAUGCGAAUGUGAAGCUCAUCAUUGUGACCCGGUUACUGGGUGCACAGAAUAUGUUCAUGAGUACAACACUGGUGAAACAAUGUCUCCCAACAAUUCAACGGUGGAGAUCAUCACACAGGAAGAAGGGCCGAUAGACAAUGCACAUGUUAGAGAGGGCGUUCAUGAAGACAAACAUUCAGAUCAUCACAACACCAAUCAAUGGAUGCCAGUUAGCUUCCUUCUGAUUGGUUCUCUAGCUACAAUGUCCAUCGUUGGAAUUCUGAUAUAUCUUCGGACAACAAGACGGUGUAAAAUUGGUUCCAGAUACCCCGAACUAGAUGGUAUUAACGUCGAACAAGAAGUUGAUGAUGAAAACCCCGCCGAUACGACUCUAGCUGAGGAGGAGCAGACGGACGACUACGCUGAAAUUCGAUACUCACAAUUUAAUGAUUGUAGCACUACAUUAAGAAAAUUUAAUAAUUCCACAUGUACAGGAGGCGAAAUCGGGGCUUGUGGAAUCGGAAAUCGAACAAUACAGAACGUAUACGAUAGAUAUGAUAACGGUUGUGAGUAUAGCCGUCUCCAGCUCGGGAAAAAGCAAAGUAGAAUUAUCAGUCAGGACGGAACACAGAAACUGGGGGACAUAAACCAAGACGAGGAAGUGUAUGUGUCAUUAAAACCAUCAGACAUAACGAAUUCUCCCUUCACAAAAGCUAACACUUUACCUCGGAAUUCUCGUAUCAACAUUGAUGAAAAUGAAAAAAACACAGAAUUUUCUCAUGAUAUCAUUCGCAGUACUUCAGAAAGCAAACUGAUUGAUUUUCAGAAAGAUUCCCUGAAACCUGUAACACGUAUGGAAGUUUCUAUGACAAGAGAAAUACAAAGAGAAGAUACAAUGGUUGACUUUGAAGGCAGACCAUAUAGUCUUGUUAAGUUCUUGGAUAUUGCAGAAUAGUUUGUACACCUGAUGUUGACCAUAAGCAGACUAGAAUUGAAUUUACAUGACUUUAUCGAUACUUUGACACCAUACCGCGGAAUUGCAAAUUCCAAUAACAGUUUGAACUGAUAACAAUAUUAAAUGCAAAGGUCGUGGAAAUCUACUGAACAAGACGUUUCUUUCGCAUCCAGAGUCUGGAGUUCGAUUCGCGAAACAAAGACGUUUAGCAUUAAUAGUAGGUUUUCCUUUUUCCGGUAUAAGAAACAAAGACGUUUAGCAUCAGUAGUAGGUUUUCCUCCGCCCGGUACUAGAAACGAAGGCUACUGUUUUUCAGUUAUAGUAUUCACAUCACAGGUCCUGUGUCGUAUCGGGUGUUGGCGCAGUAAGAACUCUCAAAAAUACGUAUCAUCAUGUCUAGGUCAAAAUAUCUUAUAUGUUGCUUUUAACCUAAUUCUAGAAAUACAAUGAUUGUGAACGAAUUUGGUCUAUACAUGUAAAAUACAUCACUCAAUAAUUUCAUUUUGCAUUUGUAACUAUGAUAUUCUUGUUCUCGAUAACACUGCGUCAUUAAUAAAAACAAUUUUUCUCGUUA